AAAGAAAAUUGGCAUCAGAAUUUGCGAAAAGCGAGUACCACAAAACAAAGAGGGUACAUAUCAGUGGCUGGGCUCUCGAAGGGGGCGUGUCUCGUCUAUGAAUAUUCAGAGAAAUUCUCUUAGUCUUAGCGUGCCUAUAAAAGGCAAUGUGAUGCUAUUUCUGCGGGUUUGGUCAAUAACUAUACAGGCUGAGAUGAACUGUUGUGAUUAACAUUGCAGAACUUGAGAACAAAGCAAAUAAGAUAAAAAUUUUGAUACAACAAAUAUAACUUGACCAAAUCCCCCCUUUCGAUAACUUUUUUUCGCAUUUACGCCUUUGAUGGUAAUUUGGAAUUUUGAGGACUGAGAAGAAUUUCAUCCUUCCCAGUUUUCAUCAUGCCCAGAGGAUUUCUCGUCAAAAGAACCAACCAUGGAGGAGCAGCGUCCUACAGGGAAAGAAAAAAUUCGGAGGGUGAGCGCCUAGACCUGGAAGCCGAUAUUACACGAUUUGGGUCUCCAGAUUCCGGAUAUUGCGCAAGUCCAACUAAUUUCUCAAAGGACAUAGAAAAUAAUAAUUAUGAGAAGCCGCACUGCUCUCCUCUGACAGUGAGUACACAACUUUACUUUUCAAAUUUUGAGAAACUGAGUGUCAACUCUCCAAGUAACGGGAAUUCCUCUCCAAAAUCACUGGAUCAGAGCAGCCCAAAUAAGAGAAGAAACGAAAAUAAGAACAAACCUAUCAAGAAACCAAAGGCCGCUCGGAAGAUAAAUUUUGACGAGGACACGACAUCUCCAGUCUCGGGCUGUAUCAUAAAACACCUUUCUCCGGAGGAAGAAGGUACUGUGAUAUACCAUGGGGACAUUGACAGCACGUACAACUUCGUUGAAGCUACUCCAGAGGCUCGAGCAGAGCUUGAAAAAAUUGAUAACAAAAUCGGAGACUAUAUCUGCCAGUUGUGUAAGGAAUUUUACGAGGACGCUUUUCAGCUGGCCCAGCAUCGGUGUUCCCGCAUUGUACACGUGGAGUAUCGGUGCCCGGAAUGCGGGAAGGUAUUCAACUGUCCGGCAAAUCUUGCGUCUCACAGGAGAUGGCACAAACCGCGACCUCCCACAAUCAGCAACAGGCAGAGCGCGCCGGCAAAAAUUCUACCUUCAAACCAGAAUGCUGUACACAGUGGCAACCUUAAUGAGGCAAAACAGGAUAACGCCAUGUUCUUGAUUCCGACAGACCUCAGUAUUUCCAGUCCGACGAACCUUAGCAUUUCCAACAGCGAAGGACAGUUUAAGUGUGAAAUAUGCGAAAAGAAAUUCCGUAGACAAGCUUACUUAAGAAAACAUCGACAAACUCACAGUGAAUCUGCUAAAAUUGUGCGCAACGACAACUCUGUAAGACACGAAAUAUUGCGCUCCAACAACACUAAAGAAUUAUCAAGCAAAGAGCCCUUGUGUCGCGAGGUUGUCUCCCCUCAAAAUGCAUUUGAGAGUUUGCAGACGAGAGUUCCAGAUAUGUACGUGUGUAAGUACUGCGAGAGUUCGUUCAGCAGUUCACCAGGCCUUACAAGACAUAUUAACAAAUGUCAUCCAACCGAGAAUAGGCAGGUCAUUCUUCUUCAAAUGCCCUCAUCCCUCCCUCGCCAUAUGUAAAUAAGACGGUGCCUUAACACCGUUUGUGCCUGACUGCAAUUAAAAUGUAUAUUUUUUUAAAUGAAAUUUUAAACGUGAAAGAGUUGUGCAUAUGUGCCUUUUCCCCCAUACAUGUAUAUAUUUUCAUAUGAUUGCUUCACAAUA